UCAGUUUUCUAACUGACAUUAGUCCAAGCACUUGCUCCGGUUAGGAAAAUCGCGGAUAUUAGUGAAACAGUGCGAGCAAUCUUUUCCUUUAUUUACAUAUUUAUUUAUUUACAUUUUUGUUUUUUUUUUUUUCGUCGUCCUCUGGCCCUUUCAAUUUCACUGAGAAAUUAUAAACAAAAAAAAAAAAAAAAAUGUCAUCGCAACGAUACUAGACAGCGAUACUUUAAGGGCACACAUGUACACGGUUCUGAAAAGCUCAAAAAUUAUCUUGCUUUUCGGAAAUUAGACAAAAAAACAAAAGAAAACGAAAAAAUUAAGUAACAAAAAAUAAAAUUUAUCAAAAAUGUUUGAAAAACAAUUCACAUUUUUUUUUUGAUUUCAAUUGAAAAACGAAAAAGAACAACAACAAAAAAAAUCACCCAAAUAAGAUGUUGUGAAAUCUCCCUGCAGUAUUUAAUAAAAUUUAAAGGAGAGAUUUACGAAAAAUCAAUCUGCUGCACAUAUUUCAUUAUACGUAGAUAAUGGAUGGCAGAUGAUUUUCUAAAAUCGCAAAAUAAUUCCGAUCACUAGAAGUUGAAGCUGCAAAUAAAAAUAAAUAAUAAAAAAAAAAAAAAAAAAAUAUUUCUAUAAUUUCGGUUUAUUACUUUUUUACUAAAUAAAAUCGAAGAACGUGAUAUUUAUAAUAAAAUAUUAGUAAUAGGAAUAACAUAAUAAAACGCCUUCCUCCUGCUUUAAAGAAAACUAAAAAGAAAAAUUAAUGGAUAAUGGCGUGUUUUUGCGAAGUAAUUGGAUUUGCCUGCCUUGUGGCUUUGCUAAUGAGCUUUUCGAAUAAAGCACCUUAUCAGUUAAAAUUGGCAAUAUUUGCAAUUGGAUCAGGGGCUAUUGUAUUAGUGUGUAUGCCAUUUAUGAUAUUUCGUCCCAAAGAUUAUCGUAAUGCUUUAAUACCGGCUUGGUCCUGCCGACAACUAUGUAAAGCUUUGGGAGUUACUAUGGAAGUUAGAGGUUUAGAAAACAUACGCAAAGAUUCUGGCGGAGUGGUACUUAUAAAUCAUCAAAGUUGUCUAGACUUGUGUGUUUUAGCUUAUUUAUGGCCAGUGGUGGGUCGAGCUACUGUAGUUGCUAAAAGGGAAAUUUUAUAUUUACCCUUUUUCGGUAUAGGGUCAUGGAUGUGGGGUACACUGUUUAUAAAUCGUUCACGCAAACAUGACUCUAUUAACGCUUUGCAAAAAGAGUCGAAAGCCAUAAAUGAGCGAAAUUGUAAAUUAUUGCUCUUCCCCGAGGGUACUCGUAAUUCCUUAGAGACCUUAUUGCCCUUCAAGAAGGGCUCCUUCCACAUAGCUGUCCAGAGCCAAUGUCCAAUACAACCUGUAGUAGUAUCAAAAUAUUGGUUUUUGAAUGCCGAAAAUAAGACAUUCCGGCAAGGUCAUGUCCUCAUACAAAUAUUACCGGAAAUAUCAGCCGCUGGUUAUACUAAAGACGAAAUAGAUUCUCUAAUUGAAGAAACCCAUAAUGUCAUGCAAGCGGAAUAUUGUAAACUUAGCCAAGAAGCGAAGGCGAUUAAUUCCAAAAAACGUGUUUAAUUUUAGUAUAUAAAUAGUUUUACUCAGGUAUGACCGAACACAAAAAAUCCUUGUUACCUACAGGCAAACAACACACCAACUGAUGAUACAUGUUUGAAUAUGCAAAUGUCAAUUUUUGUGAUGGUUAAUUGGUUAACGAUAAUUAAUAUUACCAAAUAUUUUAAGUUUUUUUUUUUUUUUUUCACCAGUGCUCUGGUUGGUUAGAAGUCAAUCUAAAUAAAAUUUCUCAAGAAGAUGAAGAGCAGAAAUAAAGAGUAAAAAUUAAAUAAUUCAAAGCAAUGUA